UGUUUUGCUGGUGUACAGAUCAACACUGCUUCUGUACUCUGUGUUGUGUGGUGACAAAUUCACUCGGUAUUGUGUGGCGACACCACCACACCCUGUGUUGUGUCCUGACCCAACCACACCUUGUGUUGUCCUGACCCAACCACGUCCUGUGUUUUAAUUCUACCAGACCCUGUACUCUGUAGUGACUCCACCAUACUCCGUGUUGUGUGGCAACCCCAUCACACCCUGUGAUGUAUCUUGACCUCAUAUAACGGGACUUAGGUGUAGAUUUUCAUUAAAAAAAAAAGAAAGGAAAAGGCUCUUGUGCUCCGGAGUGCUGGAUUCUGAUCUGCAGAUUGAUUGACUGGGGCCACGAGCUCUCUAUAAGACAAUUGCUUAGGCUUAUAAUCAUGUCCAAAUGACAUUUGAUCACUAUGAGUGAAAUUUUGACUUGAGAAAGUUUACCCUGGUAUCUCCCAGCAACACUCCCACGCAAUAAAAUUACAGCAUCGAAUACUUACCAGGAUUUUAUUUUCAGACUCGUCAUGUCAAAAGUUUCGACGAGAGAUUCAUAGACCUCACAACGAACGAUCCAGGAGAACCUGGAGAAUCUCAAAACAGAGAACCACGAUGCAAGUCCAUCCUACAGCACCGUCCACGGAAAAGAUGGACCCAAACACCCUCCCUGCAGCACCACCCGACAGUGUAGCCCAGCAGGGCAGCAACAGGUGCAGUGGGGAUGACUGCUCGGAGACGCUGGAAAUGAGGAGGGAACUAGGGCUGUUCGACUCCAUUUCUGUCAUCAUCGGCGUGGUGUCUGGCUCAGGCAUCUUCAUCAGUCCUCGAGGAGUGUUGGAGUACAGUGGCAGUGUGGCCAUGGCACUCCUAGUAUGGGCGCUAUCUGGAGUUGUCUCCCUCGUAGGCGCUAUAACCUUCGCUGAACUUGCCACCAUGAUCCCAGAGAGCGGCGGGAUCUACACCUACAUCAGGAGGACGCUGGGCCCCACCCCUGGCUUCGUGUACCUGUGGAUGGCCCUUAUCAUCGAAGAACCCACCAUGAGGGUAGUAGAUGGCUACACCUUUGGUUACUACAUCCUCCAGCCAUUCUUCCCUCAUGACCCACCUGUUGUACCCAUCAAACUCCUCGCUGCCGUCCUCAUAGUGUUCUUGGCAUGGGUAAACUGCUGCGCGGUGAAAGUGAGUGUCGCGCUGCAGGACGUCCUCAUGAUCCCUAAGAUCCUUAUCCUGGGCAGCAUCAUCAUCACGGGCAUCUACCGCUUGGUCACUGAUCCCUCCAGCAGCUACGAGGAGCCUUUCCAGGGCACCUGCCUCGCUCUUCCCGUCAUCGCCACCGCCUUCUACCAGGGCCUGUAUACCUACGACGGAUGGGAUAACCUCAACAUGGUCGUCGAGGAGAUGAAGAACCCGAGCAAAACGUUCCCACUUGCGUCUGGCAUCUCCCUCAUCAUACUGACGGUAGUGUUCGUACUUACAAACGUGGCCUACUUUGCCGUGCUGCCUCGCCAUGUGGUCAGCACCUCCACCGCCGUCGCUGUCUCGUUCGGCGAGUCCGCGUUCGGUGUGAUGGCCUGGGCCGUGCCUGUCUCAGUGGCCAUCUCUGCUCUGGCCUCCCUCAAUGGCCAGACCUUCACACAGUCCCGAGUCGUCUUCGUGGGGGCCAGGGCUGGCCACCUGCCUAAGUUCCUGGCCUUGAUCAACAUCAAGACCAAGACUCCCAUCCCAGCUAUUAUGUUCAUGACAGUGCAGACUCUGUUGAUGUUGUGGUGGUCUGACAUCUACGCUCUCAUCAACUACGUCUCCUUCUCUCACAGUCUUUCCCGUCUCGUAGCUACCUCAGCCCUUCUCUGGCUCCGCUACAAGAAUCCGGAGAUGAAGAGGCCGUUUAAGGUGUGGCUGGUGCUGCCGGUGAUGUACCUGGCGGUGACGGUGCUGCUGGUGUCGCUGCCGGUGGUGGAGGAGCCAGUGACGGUGGGUGUGGCCCUGGGUGUCAUCGCCGCAGGUAUUAUCUUCUACUACGUCUUCAUCUUUCACAAAUUUGAAUCGAAGAAGAUCAAGAGGAUUUCAGGACGGUUUUAUCGGUUUGUACAAAUAUUAUUUCAAGUUAUGCCGGAGAAGAAGCUUUAGAAGAUGAUCAGAAAGAAGAGGAAGAAGAAGAAGAGGAAGAAGAAGAGGAAGAAGAAGAGGAAGAAGAAGAGGAAGAAGAAGAGGAAGGUGAAAUAUCAUCCCAGUAUAACUUGUUGAUGGAGACGCGUUAAACCCGUCAAGAUGAAGCAACACUUGGGCAGCGAGAGGCAGUUAGGUUGGAUCCGAGGAAGGAGAGGUUAUCUCUAAUUCCUUAGAUUAAGAGCUCUUUACUAGCAUUAAAGAACCGCCUCUUGGUUAGUUGGGUUUCAAGCCUACCGACUCUACGAGAAGUCAUUAAGGCUCUUUGUCGCCUGUUCACCACCAGCCAAGAAUACUUUAAUACCUAAAGAAGGUAUAUAUGCAUACAUUGAGAAAUAUACUUCACUGUGUAUAUAUCCUUUAGAGAGACCUAAUGUUAAGUAUAUACUGGAGGGCCCCACUUAUACAGCAGGUUAGGGUUCAGGCUACUGUAGGGCCCCACUUAUACAGCAGGUUAGGGUUCAGGCUACUGUAGGGCUCCACUUAUACAGCAGGUUAGGGUUCAGGCUACUGUAGGGCCCCACUUAUACAGCAGGUUAGGGUUCAGGCUACUGUAGGGCCCCACUUAUACAGCAGGUUAGGGUUCAGGCUACUGUAGGGCCCCACUUAUACAGCAGGUUAGGGUUCAGGCUACUGUAGGGCCCCACUUAUACAGCAGGUUAGGGUUCAGGCUACUGUAGGGCCCCACUUAUACAGCAGGUUAGGGUUCAGGCUACUGUAGGGCUCCACUUAUACAGCAG